CUUGUGUCUCCGCGCAACGCACCGUCGUCUGUCUAAUCCCCCCAACCCCCGUUUCUAGGGCACCAAGCUACCCUGAUCAAACUCCUCCUUAUUGCACCAGAGUUGAACCUGUCCAACCUGCAGCCCUCGUUCUCGAACGCUCCUCCACCACAGGUCCCCAAGUUCCGAACGUCAUACUCAACCUAACCACAACCUUCAUCCACCAGCCGCCAUCAUGACUACCACCGCCAACACCACCAACAACCUGGAUGCUGCCGUUAAUGACGUCGCAAACACUCUGAGCAAUACCUCUAUCAGCAAGCCUGCCGAUGACAAGACGGCCGCCAACGAGGCCGCCUCGGCCAGCGCUGCUGAGGGCCGCCGCCUCUACAUCGGCAACCUGGCCUAUGCGACAACUGAGGGGGAGUUGAAGGACUUCUUCAAGAGCUAUCUUGUUGAGUCUGUCUCGAUCCCAAAGAACCCUCGCACCGACCGCCCUGUCGGUUACGCCUUUGUCGACCUCUCUACCCCUACUGAGGCCGAGCGUGCCAUCGAGGAGCUCUCCGGCAAGGAGAUCCUCGAGCGCAAGGUUUCCGUCCAGCUCGCUCGCAAGCCCGAGCCUGCUGGUGAGAAGACCGAGGGCGCCAACGGAGAGGGUUCCGGCGCUGAGGGAUCUCGUCGCCGAGCUUCGGGACGUGGCCGUGGCAGAGGCCGUGGUCGUGGUGGUCGCGGUGCCCGCGCUGGACGUGAGGGCGCCGGUGAGAAGAAGGAGGGUGAGGCUACCGAGGCCGUUGCUGCUACCGAGGAUGCUGCCGCCGCAGUCGCUGCUCCUACCACCACUGAGGUUCAACCUUUGACCGACAUCACAAACAAGAUCAACACUGACGACAGUACCAAGACCAAGACUCAAGCUCGACCUCAGCGCGAGCGCCGCGAGCGUGGCCCCCCCGCUGAUGGAAUUCCUUCCAAGACCAAGGUCAUGGUUGCCAACCUGCCUUAUGACCUGACCGAGGAGAAGCUCAUUGAGCUCUUCAAGGCUUACGAGCCCUCUUCUGCCAAGAUUGCUCUCCGACCCAUUCCCCGUUUCAUGAUCAAGAAGCUUCAGGCUCGCGGUGAGGCUCGCAAGGGCCGUGGCUUCGGCUUCGUCACUCUGGCCUCUGAGGAGCUUCAGCAGAAGGCUGUUUCUGAGAUGAACGGAAAGGAGAUUGAGGGUCGUGAGAUUGCCGUCAAGGUUGCUAUUGACAGCCCCGACAAGACCGAUGAUGACCAUCAUGAGGGCGCCGUCAACGGCCAGAAGGAGGCUGCCCCUGCUACUGAGGCUGCUCCCACUGCUGGUGCCUCGGCUCCCGCUGCUGCUGCCCCCGCCGCGGCUCCCGCUGCCGCUGAUGCUGCCCCUGCGGCCACUACCACCACUCCCGUCACCACUGCCUAAGUAUGGGCCUGACGCGAGUCUCACGGGUAUGAAGAUUUGUUCAUGCCACGAUGAUCACUCUUACGAUUUGGCACGCGAUUUCAACGAUUUCUCUUACGGUAGAUUCUCGCUACAGAGAUGAAAAGAAACAAAGGGGAUUAUUCAACACCUUGACUGGGACGUAACCAAGAGCUAUUCGGACUCUGAUGAAAUCUCGGGAUGGUGUUUUCUUGUCAACCUUGUUCUCUUUUCUCAAAACACUUAAUAUCUCCAUAAUCGGAACGCAAAAGUUCGCAGGCCCUCAUUCAUGUAUUUGUAUCACACUUUUCUCCAUCACUCUUCUGCUGGGAUGUACACUAGUUUACGCCGGAGGCGGCUCGAGGGAGAGAAAAGCUCGGCGCAUUUAUUAAACAGGGCGUUUUUGAUGAAACAAGAUGAUUGUAAUGUGGUGGGUUAGAAUGCCUGAUGAUGCGUUUGAAGUGAUGUGCCCUGAAAGUGAAUUCGUGUGUUUGUCGAUGAUGUGAUGAAGUGCUUGAUAGACAUGUCGAAGGCAAUGUUGACGUCGUUUGAGAGGAUUGUGGGGAUGGAUCAUCGGGGAGGCGUCAUGGUUCUCACCAGGGCAGCCGAGAGCGUUCCAGCUCUGUUUGUAGAGGAUGGACUGCCAAUAGGUAGCUAUGUGUGAAUGUUCG